AUGUCCACAUCCACUUCGACCCCAGUCACGCUCUCCUUCGAGGCAAUUGACGACCUUAUCUACGACGCCCGCGCAGGCGACCUGGACGCCCUCAAGGCAGACCUCGCCGCCCAAGGCAAAGAGCACAACUGUCCCGAGGCCUGGAUCAUCGCCUCCGCCAUCGACGCCGAGCCCGAGGCCGAGGGCGGCACGGGUUCCUGCCUGCUGCAUUUUCCUGCGGCGAACGGCAAUGCUGGUAUGCCCAGCCUCUAUUCGACUCAACUCUACUCUUUGAUUUUGUGGAUGGCCCGGCUAACAGAUACAGAAAUCCUCAACUUUCUUCUGGCAACUCUAACCGCGCAGUCUGCGGCGCCGCUGUCGGCGGAGCAGAUCGCGGCUGUGAUUAACCAUCGCAAUCACUCGGGGAAUACUCCGUUGCACUGGGCUGCGCUGAACACGCACCUGGAAUGUGUCAAGGCGCUUGUUGAGGCGGGUGCGGAUAUCGCUAUUAAGAAUGAUGCGGGGCUGGAUGCUAUUUUCCUGGCGGAGCGGACGGCUUGGUCGACUGAGGAGGAGGGCAAGGAGGCUGAGGGUGCCGGGGAGGCGUCUGCUGAGGAGGAAGGUGCUGGGGAGAUGUCCAAGGGUCGGCAGGUUGUGGAGUGGUUGCUGAGCUCUGAUAAGGCCGGUGACUUGGAGGGAGGUCUCAGUGUCAGUGCCGGUGUUGGUGCCGAGGGGUCAGCGUCAGCGUCAGCGUCAGCGUCAGGGUCUGGGGAGGCGAUGGAUGUUGAUGAGAAGAAAUGA